CUCGCGAGAAGACUAAGCGACUUCCCUGGCUGUCGGAAGCUGCGGAAUCGUCCAGGCUGUUGGGAUCCCCGGCGCGAUGCCGUCCCCAUAUUCAGUCAGAGCCUUCCCAGUCAGCAUCCCUGCGGUGAUCAUGGAGACAGACUGGACAGAGCCCUGGCUCCUGGGGCUGCUCGCCUUCCACCUGCUGUGCCUACUUCUCACGUGCCUCUCAUCACAGAGGUAUAAACUACAGAUCGGGCACUUCCUGUGUCUGGUGGUGUUAGUCUACUGUGCGGAGUAUAUCAACGAAGUGGCUGCACUGAACUGGAGAUUGUUUGCAAAGUAUCAGUACUUUGACUCCCGGGGAAUGUUCAUUUCUCUUGUGUUCUCAGCACCGCUGCUCUUCAACGCCAUGGUCAUUGUGAUUAUGUGGGUAUGGAAGACUUUGACUGUGAUGACUGACCUGAAGAACUUACAAGAGAAAAGAAAGGAGAGGAAAAGGAGAAGAAAGGAAGAAUAAUGUGGAGCUGCUGCCGUCCGUCCACCAUGUUUGUCCUCUGACUUGCUUGUUUCCAGCUGGGAGCUGCCAUGGCCCAUGUCUUCUGUCAGCUGACUCAUGGUUUGGAAAAAGGUUCUUAUAUCUUAACACACCACAAAUGGUUCUUAUAGUGUACUCUGUUUGGAGCCCUCCUAAAGCUGUUUCUUAAAACUAACAAUGUGACUGGGAAACAUGUUGAAUGGGGACCCCUCCUUUAUGUGGGGGGAGCUUUCUGGUUCAGCCACACAUCAUACACAGCUUCUCACAAGUUGUGGUAGAUCUCAGUAUGGAACUAGAGUUCACACAGUUUUGAGUGUGGAAACUGGGAAUAAACGGCCCCACCCUGCUGUGACCACUACCUGCCCCCUCUUCUGUUUCUAGCCUGUAGUGGUAGCUAUCAGCUAAGGGUGGCUUUGUUCCCCAGGAAUUUUGCUGAUGCUUGUCACCGCAGGUGGACAUGGUACUUGUGUCCGUAGGAUAGAACCUAGGGUGCUGAAGUCCUACAGGGCACAGGACAGCCCCAUCAUGGAGUAUAGCUGUGUGUAGAAUGUCAGCAGUACCCAGGCUGAGGGAGCGGUGGGGUAGGUCUGGAGAAGAAUGCAGUGCCUUUCGGUUCCCAUGAAGCCAGGCCUCUGAAUAAUUGAGUUGGGGCUAUGCCACUAGAAAUGUUUUGUUU